GUUCAGUGACCAGACCAACCAUAAGACAAUCGUUGUUUCGCCCGCCCCUCCCUCCAAAACCGACGAACACAACCAUCACGAUGAAGUACACCACUGCCGUCCUCGCCCUCGCCACUGCCGCGAAGGCUCAGGACCUCAGCGUCUUCCCUCCGUGCGCCAUCCCCUGCAUCGCCCAGGCAGUCAGCACGUCGACCACUUGCUUCCUCCUCGACUUCGCCUGUGUCUGCCGCAACAUGGAUGCCGUGAAAGCGUCUGCCACCUCAUGCGUGAUCGAAAAAUGCGGCGCUGACGUCGCCCUGAAUCAAGUCCUCCCCGCCACCGAGAAGUUCUGCUCCCAAGUCCUCGGCCCGGCCGCCUCCUCCACCUCCUCUUCCGUCUCCUCCUCUACCACAUCCUCCAGCAGCACCUCUUCAGCCGCGUCCACCUCCACCGACGCCUCAAAGCCCAACUCGAGCAGCUCCGCCGACUCUUCGCUUGCCAAGCCCACGCCUACCGGUGGCAGCAGCAAUUCGACUUCGUCAACCGCCUCGUCCAAGCCCACUUCGUCAGCGCACACUGCCGGCGCGGCGACGGUUCACGGGGCCGUGGUGGGGACCUUCGGGAUGCUGAUUCUGGGUUUCGCUGCGGCUCUCUGAAUGUUUUGCUCGCUUUACCAAAUGUAUGAGGGGUUGGUGGAAGGCGGUAUAAUGAGUCUUGCUGUUGCAAAAACGCCUGGGAAAGAUGCAUUCAUAGGAGUUGGGUACGGGGGAAAUCUUGGUUGGUCAGAUGACUGACUGUCUGCUUGACCCUGAAAGGGAUGGAGUUGAGGAAGAGAGCCAUAUGAUAAGACU